UGACAUUUCAACAACUCUAACUAAAAUACAAGUUCAGUUCUCUCUGCCAAAUUCAUCCUUUUUUCAUCAUCUUCUUCAAUGAAGACCUGCAACUUCUUCAUCUUCAUCUUCUUCAUCUUCAUAUCCAUGGAGUUUAUUGAUGCCAAAUUCACCUUUGAUGUCUGCAAUCAUGAUAAACCCCAUAUCCAUUUUCCAUUCAAAAUCAAUUCCUCCUGUGAAUACAACCAAACCCUAAUCAGUUUUCCUGGUUACGGCGACUUGAUUGUGAAAUCCAUCUCUUAUGAACCCAAGAAACUCACCCUCAUCGACCCGAAAGAUUGUGUUUUCCAAGUGUUCUUGAAUCUUGACCUUCUUCCGACACCCUUCCGUUACUAUCACGUCGUUAGAAACUAUACGUAUUUGAGUUGCUCGGUCGAGCUUCCACAUUCUUUCGAACGAGUGCCGUGUUUAAGUGGUUACAAGCACCAUGUUUACGUUGUGGAAUCGUCUUCAGACGUGCCCGGUUCUUGCGAGGUCGUAAAAACCGUCUCGAUUCCGUUCGCGUAUAGUUCGUAUGUAUCCGAUGAUAGUUUCGGUCUCGAUUUGACUUGGGAUUCUGAUGGUUUUCAAUCCAUUGGAGAAGAAUUAAGUAUCGUAAUUUUGGUUUUCGUGAUCGCGGGAUUAGCGUAUGUAACAACUUGUUGUUCCAAGAAAUCACAAAGCAAGAAACACGAAUGGGAGAAGUUGCUUGGAGAUCUUGAAAUCUUGUGACCAUCGGGAUCGUUAAAGUUUCUUGCUUGGAUCGUUGCAUUUGAAGAUCACACGUUCGAGUUGAGCUGGCGUUUCAAACAAAUUUAAUCGGAUAAAUUUCUCGAUUUCGUAGUUAUUUUAGACGUGUAUAUAUCGCUUGAAGCAAAUGCAACAAAGACUAUGGUUAUAAAAAAAUACAGAUAAUAUAUUGAAUAAAUGUCAUCGAUGAAUAUCA